CUCAGUAAUAGACAAACCUGACGGUAAUCCAGUGUACUAGCUGCUUCUUGUCGCUUCUUUUCACAUCUGCUUGGAAUUCCCGCGCCUAUCAAACCACAUGCGUAAGCACCGAUUCACUGAAUUCAAGUGUUUGGGGCAAAUGAAUGCGUAUGCACUCCUGCCUAGAUAGAUAAAAUGUAUAUAAUCUCAUGCUAUGUCUUUGCGUUUGUAUGAUCCAAAAUUUCCAUCUGAGCUUCCUUUGUUGUGAAAGAUCAUCAAGCACUCACAGUAUAUAUCAUGCCUUCAUUAAGAUACAUCAAUCAAUCAGCUCCAUUCUGGGAUUUUGUGGCCAACAUGGAGCGCGAGGGUAUCAACCACCCGUUCUUCGGUGGCAGACAUCGAGACGGUUCAGAUAGCGAGGGAGAGACUCCCUUUGGAUUCGGACCAUGGGGCAUGUUCCCUCACAGACCGCAUCCACACCCACACCACGGGCCCGGCCAUCAUCACCACGGCGUUCCACCACCCCCUCCACCUCCAGGAGCUGAUGUUCCACCACCACCCUUCACGGAGGCUGAAGGUUCCCCAGAGACGGUUCAAAACGAGAAAGGAGAGCCGUCCAACAAGGCUCCAGAACAAGAUGGCGCCGACGGACCCCAGCACCGUGGUCGAUGCGGCCCAGGAGGUCAUGGCCGUCGCGGACAUUGCGGUUCCAAGCGCGGCGGUCCUCAUGGAUUCGGCGGGCGCGGACCGUUCGGUCGCGGCGGGUUUCCGUUUGGCCCGUUCGCUCAGUUUUGGAACGAGGACAAAGGAGAGAGCGACGGCACUUUCAAGCCCGAGGCCGACGUCUUCGACACUGAGACGGCCUACGUCGUUCACCUUUCGGUCCCUGGGGCCAAGAAAGAAGACAUCUCCGUCACAUGGGAUGCCGAAAAGUCGGAGCUCGCAGUCUCAGGCAUCGUCCACCGACCGGGCGACGAGGAGUUCUUGAAGACCUUGGCAAUGGACGAGCGCAAAGUCGGACUCUUCGAAAGGAAGAUCAGACUCGGUACUCCUGUGAACCCAGCCCAAGUCGACGUUGACGCAAUCUCCGCCAAGCUUGAGGAUGGCAUUUUGAGGGUCGAGGUUCCAAAGCAAGACAAGGACUAUGUCGAGGUGAAGAUGGUCGACAUAGAGUAAGUGCAGGGCUUCUUCAUGUGGCGUCUGGUGUAAAAAACUACCAUGGAACGAGAAGAUAACAACAAGUUACAAAUAAUCUUUGUGCGACAAGUGCGAGCAGAAUGAACAACCCAAAAAAAAUAUAAUAUGAAUUAAAACAUAGUCCCUCA